AUGGGUAUGAAUAAGAAUAUGUUACAACUUACUAUGGACCAACCUCAACAACUUACUAUGGAUCAAAAUCAACAUGUUACUAUGGACCAACCUCAACAACUUACUAUGGAUCAAAAUCAACAUGUUACUAUGGACCAACCUCAACAACUUACUAUGGAUCAAAAUCAACAUGUUACUAUGGACCAACCUCAACAACUAACUAUGGAUCAAAAUCAACAUGUUACUAUGGAC